UAGGCGGCCUUGCCACAGUGGCGGUGUCAGGCCAUUAAAAAUAAUAUAACAUGAUUCUAUAAGUUCUAUUCAUCGAAAUUGCCCCUAAAUUGGGCGUUGCUGUUCAGAUGACCGAUGAGCAGAAGCUGAGCACCUUCAUGAAGCGACAUGGCGUGCAGAAGGAGGUAGCUCGUCGGUAUUUAAGCUCCAACAACUGGUCCUUAGAGGUGGCCAGCAAUAUCUACGAAUCCGAGACGGCGGCCAAAAAGGAAGCGGAGAAAUCUGGCGCCGAGACUCAGGAAAAGCCAACAGCGCAGGAUGACAGCCAAAAAGACCUCCAAACGCAGAUCAGUCAACAGAAUAGCGACCAAUCUGGCUACAGGGCUGGAACUUCGGAUAACUCAACCGCGGGCCAUGAGACGACCGUGGAGAAGCGGGUGGGCAUCGGCAACUCCACACCCGCCCUGACCACCAUCGACAGCGAUCGGAGUUUGCGAGUCUGGGGUCACGGCGUAACUUUGGGCAGCGCUCACCCCAUCAAUCCGCCGCCAGCACGUCCGCCUGGCGAGGAUUCAGACAACGAGAACCCCGAGGAUGAGCACACCAUAGUGGUGCUGCACCUUUGGUCCGAGGGCUUCUCCCUGAACGACGGUAGCCUAAGACUCUAUGCCCUGCCCGAAAACGAACGCUUCCUGAGCGCCGUUCUGCGUGGAGAUUACCCCGAGGAGAUUCUGAACAACCACCCGCACUUGCAGCUGAGCGUCCAGGACCACACCAACGAAUCAUUUCGCCAUCUAUCGCGGAAACAGUUCAUGGGGCCAGGUCGUUCCCUAAACAGUCCCUCACCCCAAGUAGGUGUAGGUGGCACAUUGCCGGUGCAGUUUCCGACGAUGCAGAUCAAUGAGGGGGCAGCCAUAACCAUCGUUCAGCUGAGGCUAGCUGACGGAAGCCGCGUGGCCGGGCGCUUCAAUCUCACCCACAACAUAGGAGAUCUGUAUAGAUAUGUACGGAUGGCCAGGCCACAGUAUUCCUCUAGGAACUUUGUCCUGAUGACGGCAUUUCCUCGCCAAGAGCUGCUCGAGACAGACACACGCACCUUGGUGCAGGCCAAUCUCUGCAAUGUGGUGGUCAUACAACACCUAAGCGAGGAGCAGGCAACGCAGUUAUCCACUGAUAGUUCCGAACUUAUCCUGAAAUAAAAGUCAAUUGAGAUGGA